GAGGAGAAUAUCCACUCCGGAUUGCUUAAGGUUCAAGCAUUAAGUAAAAAGCGGCCUCGACUUUUAUCAUUAGACUGACUACUAUUCAGCAAAGCCAAAGAUGUCGUACGACGUCGUUGUAUCAACGCCGACGUCUUCUACUACGGCAUUCAGACACCGGUGGGACGUGUUCCUGAGUUUUAGGGGCGAGGACACUCGCCACAACUUCACCGACCAUCUCUACACCCAGCUCGACAGAAAUGGCAUCCGAGCCUUUCGUGACAACGAAGGCUUGAACCGAGGCGACGAUAUCAAUUCCGGUCUACUCGACGCCAUUGAGGACUCGGCCGCUUUCAUCGCUAUUAUCUCACCCAAUUACGCUUCCUCUCGCUGGUGCCUGGAGGAACUUGCCAAGGUCUGCGAAUGCCGCCGACUCAUCCUUCCCGUUUUCUACCAAGUGGACCCUUCGGACGUCCGGCGACAGAAAGGACGUUUCCACGAAGAUUUUGGAAAGCUGGAGGCAAGAUUUGGAGAAGACAAGGUUUUGAGAUGGAGAAAGGCUAUGAAAAAGGCCGGCGGAAUCGCUGGCUGGGUUUUCAAUGGUGAUGGCAGGUCCAGUGAUGAAGAACCAAAUUUGAUCCAGACUUUAGUCAAAAGGGUUUUGGCUGAAUUGAACAACACUCCAUUGAGUGUGGCUGCAUAUACUGUUGGACUUGAUUCUCGUAUAGAAGAAUUGUUGAAUUUGUUAGACAUUAAAUCCAACGGCAUCAGAGUUUUGGGAUUUCAUGGAAUGGGUGGGGUUGGGAAAACAACUCUUGCCAAGGCUCUUUAUAAUAAACUUGUUGCUCACUUUGAAUGUCGCAGUUUUAUUUCAAAUGUUAAAGAAACUUUGGCUCAACAAGAUGAAGAUAGUUUACUCUCUCUCCAUAACAAACUUAUCAAUGAUCUUUCCAUGAGUGAGGCUUCACCAGUCAGUGAGGUUAAUGCUGGUCUUGUUGCAAUCAGAAGGAUAAUGCAUGAGAAGCGAGUUCUUCUUGUUAUGGAUGAUGUUGAUGAUGCAAGUCAACUAGAGGUAGUAAUUGGCAGAAGAAAAUGGAGACAAUUCUUUUAUGGAGGAAGUCGAAUUAUUAUCACCACAAGAGAUAGAGGAGUCCUACGUGACCUUCAUGAGAAUGAGCUCUUUGAGGUGCAAGGUUUGAAUUUCUCUGAGUCCCUACAACUUUUUAGUUAUCAUGCAUUAAGGAGAGAGAAACCAACAGAGGACUUUUGGAAUCUGUCAAAUGAAAUUGUGUCUCUUACGGGAGGACUACCUUUGGCAUUGGAAGUUUUUGGCUCCUUUCUGUAUGAUAAAAGGAUAAUAAAGGAAUGGGAAGAUGCUUUGCAAAAAUUAAAACAGAUACGCCCAAGUAAUCUUCAGGAUGUGUUAAAGAUAAGUUUUGAUGGGCUAGAUGAACAGGAGAAGGAUAUAUUCCUUGACAUUGCAUGUUUUUUUGUUAAAAUGCGAUUGAAAAGAGAAGAUGCAAUCGACAUAUUGAAGGGCUGUGGUUUCAGGGCGGAUAUAACAAUCAAGGUCCUUACAGAAAAAUCUCUCAUUAAGACAUAUGAGGAUGGUAUUCUGUGGAUGCAUGAUCAGCUUAGGGACAUGGGAAAACAGAUUGUUCAACAUGAAAACCCUUCAGAUCCUGGAAGCCGUAGUAGACUGUGGGACCACAAUGAAGUUAUGAGUGUUUUGCAGGAUCAGACGGGAACAAGAAGCAUUCAAGGUAUUGUCCCAGAAUUUAAGAAGAAGGAUGCUAGUCCUGAAAGUUCUUCUCAGAAUAAACUUCAAACAAAACACAAAUUCACCAGGGCAAUUUUGCCCCUGAAGAAAACAAUCAAGGAAUGUUUUCACCACAAAGCAGACAAAGAGAGGGUAAUGACACUCUGCACAAAAUCAUUUCAACCCAUGGUUACUCUAAGACUGCUUCAAAUUAAUCAUGUUCAAUUGGGAGGGAAUUUCAAAAAUAUACCCGCUGAGCUGAAGUGGCUACAAUGGAAAGGAUGUCCUUUGAAAACUCUUCCUUCUACUUUCUGUCCUCGGAAACUUACCGUCCUUGAUCUUUCAGAAAGUAAGAUUGAACGAGUGUGGGGCUGCCACAAUAAAAAGGUGGCUGAGAACUUGAUGGUUAUGAAUCUCAGUGGAUGCAAUAGUCUGACUGAUCUUCCUGAUGUAUCUGGUCAUCAGGCAUUGGAAAAGUUGAUUCUUGAGCGUUGUUUAUCUCUGGUUACAAUUCAUAAAUCAGUUGGAGACCUUAGGACAUUGCUCCACUUGAAUCUGAUGGGCUGCUCGAACCUCCUGGAAUUUCCAAGUGACGUUUCUGGAUUGAGACAUCUUGAGAUCCUUAACCUCUCAGGUUGCACAAAACUGAAAGAAUUACCAGAGGACAUGAGCAGUAUGACAUCUUUGAGAGAGCUUCUUGUUGAUAAAACAGCAAUAGUGAAGCUACCUGAUUCAAUCUUCCGUCUCAAGAAACUCGAAAAAUUCAGUUUAGAUUCUUGUUCAUCAUUGGAGCAACUACCUUAUUGCAUAGGGAAGCUAAGUUCCCUGAGAGAGCUUUCUCUUAAUGGUUCUGCUUUAGAAGAACUACCUGAUUCCAUUGGCUCUCUGACAAACCUUGAGAGACUAAGUUUAAUGAGGUGUAGAUUGCUCUCUGCAAUUCCUGAUUCUCUUGGCAGGCUCAGAUCAUUAAUAGAACUUUUUAUUUGUAAUAGUUCUAUCAAAGAACUUCCAGCUUCAAUUGGUUCACUAUCCCAGUUGAGAUACCUUUCAUUAAGUCAUUGUCGAUCUCUGAUCAAGUUGCCUGAUUCCAUUGAAGGAUUAGUGUCUUUGGCAAGGUUUCAGCUAGAUGGGACGUUACUCACUGGAGUACCAGACCAGGUUGGCUCCUUGAACAUGCUAGAGACACUUGAGAUGCGGAAUUGUGAAAUUUUCAGAUCUUUUCCUGAGAUCAAUAAUAUGUCGAGUUUAACUACUUUGAUCCUGGAUAAUUCUCUAAUAACGGAGUUGCCGGAGUCUAUAGGAAAUUUGGAAAGACUUAACAUGUUAAUGCUGAACAACUGCAAGCAGCUUCAGAGACUACCAGCUUCAAUUAGAAAAUUAAAAAAUUUGUGCUCCUUGCUAAUGAAAGGAACUGCUGUGACAGAAUUGCCUGAAAAAUUUGGGAUGCUCUCAAACUUAAGAACAUUAAAGAUGGCUAAACGUCCAGAUCCUGAAGCCACUGGAGAACAUAUGGAGCUGACAAAUCUAAUACUACAAGAGAACCCUAAGCCUGUUGUUCUUCCAAUGUCUUUCUCAAAUCUUUUCAUGCUAAAAGAACUGGAUGCUCGUGCUUGGAAAAUAUCUGGCAGUAUUUCUUAUUUUGAGAAGUUGUCUUCAUUAGAAGAUUUAAACCUUGGUCAUAAUAAUUUUUGCAGCCUCCCAUCUAGUUUGCAGGGCCUUUCAGUUCUCAAAAAUCUGUUUUUGCCCCACUGUAAGGAGAUCAAAUCUCUCCCUCCACUUCCCUCAAGUUUGAUUAAGUUGAAUGUUUCAAAUUGUUGUGCAUUGCAAAGUGUGUCAGACCUGUCAAAUUUGAAGAGUUUAGAGGACCUGAACCUCACAAACUGCAAGAAAAUAAUGGAUAUUCCUGGCCUUCAAUGCUUGAGGUCAUUGAAAAGGUUUUAUGCAAGUGGUUGCAAUGCAUGUCUUCCAGCGCUAAAGAGUAGGAUCACUAAGGUUGCAUUGAAGCAUUUGUACAAUUUGAGCGUCCCAGGAAGUGAAAUCCCAAAUUGGUUUGUCCAAGAAAUCCCUUGCUUCUCAAGUCACAGGAACCUUAAAGUUACAGGUGUGGUCAUCGGUGUCGUGGUCUGUGUCUCUGUCAACCCUCAAAUGCAUAAUGCUUACAGUGAUAAGGUCCCAGUAAUAGUGGAUGUUCAAGCAAAGCUCUUCAGACGUAACGAGGACAAACCAGUACAUUCUACUACACUGAAGUUAGAGGGAGUUGCUGACACAAAUGAAGAUCAGCUCUACUUGUGCCGUUUUCUGGACUUCAAAUCACUAGUCCUUAUGCUGAAAGAUGGUGAUAAGAUACAAGUGGCUGUGCGAGACGAACCACGUUAUAAUGGACUUGUGCUGAAGAAGUAUGGGAUCCAUCUGAUUUUUGAAAAUGACGAUGAUGAAGAUGAAGAUGAAGAAGGGUUGGAUGAAUCCCAACAAUCGAUAUCAGAGAGACUAGUCAAAUUUCUCAAAAACAUGUGAUGGUGGAGUUCAUUCUGUUACUUUUUCUCUACUGUCUUCAGAACUUUCAGUUAUUUUUCCUUUUUCCUUUGCUUUCAGUGCAUGAUAUACUAUAUCUAAUAACCCAACAUCAUGCUCAAUGCCACAUGUAUGCCGAACCAUCCACAUGCAUUGAAGACAUUAGCAUGAAUGAUAUUACAAUAACAUAACUAAUAAACAUAACCUUAUAACUUUCA